AUGUCUUCGAAAGUUGAAGAUUCCAUAACGGCGGUUUCGGAUGGUAAAUUAAAUCAACAAUCUCCGGAAACGAUGAAUUUUAGCAAAACAAAUCGUAAUCAAGGAAAAUUUAAUAUUCCGAAACAUGGUAAAUUGAAAUUAAAACGUCAGAUAGUUCGUCAAAAUAGUAAAAAACGUCACGACACUUCUUCUUGUUUUGGAAAGAGGAAAAAUGAAAAUUCGAAAAUAAGUAGAAAACGUCUUCAUCACGGAAAAUUUUUCACAACGACUUACAAGAGAAGAAAGAAAGAGCAUUCCGUCAUAAUACCUCCGACUAAAUUUUUACUCGGCGGUAAUAUUUGCGAUCCGUUAAAUUUGAACAGUCUUCAAGAUGAAGAAACGAAUCGGGCGGUAAAUGCUGUCACUCCGAUAUCAUCUCCAAAACCCACGCCAAAGCAUAGUGAAGUCGAAGUCAUUAUUCCCCGUAAUUUGAAAGAUCCUCUUAAUUUGAUCUCUUGCACGGACGAUAAUGAGUACAAAAUGGAUUCUAAAUUGAUGAACAAACGAAGUCGGAAACAUCGUCACAGGAAACGAAAACGGGGUAGUUCGGGUUCGGUAUCAAUCAAAGACGAAACAAACGAAAUUGUUUUUGUUAACAUUCAAGAUGAAAAUGUCGAACCUUUCGAGGAAGAUCCCCCGGCGAAAAUUUUGAAAACCGAAGAUGAUAAGGUUGAUAAGGUUCUUCAAGAGGAAGUAUCUCCGAUAGUUGAAAAACCACCACCGGAGAAAACAUCGGAAGUUGUUAAUAAGACGAACAAUGCUAAAAGAGAAACAUUAUCGUUAAGUAUUAAAGAAGUUCCGCGGCACUCGGGUCACAGAUGUAGAAAGUUCGAUGAUAAAGAUAAAAUAGUUAGCCCUGUUAUACCUCAACCCGGUGCUUGGAAAAAGCCUCGGGUCAAUCAACUCCCCGCGAAUCGGAAAAAAAAAGAUGAAAAGAUGCCAGAAUUCAAAGCCAAAAAUAGCAAGUACCAAUAUGGGAAUUACGAUCGGUAUUACGGUUAUCGAAAUCCUCACCAUGAAAUAGACGUUCGUUUAAGGUGUUUUAUGGACCAUAAAGAAUUAUUUUUCGAUAAAGAUAUUUUAGAUAUCGGAUGCAACAUCGGGCACAUCACGUUGUGCGUGGCACGAGAUUUCGGAGCUCGAUCCGCCGUCGGAUUGGACAUUGAUCGUAAAUUAAUAAACAUUGCUAGGAAAAACGUUAAACAUUAUGUAAACGUGGCUCCGACUCCAGCAUAUUCCGGAGGUUUUUCAAUUCGCAACGCUCCACCUUUCGAAUCUCCCAUGUAUUACGACAAUAAGAAAAAUUAUUACGUUUUCCAAGAUUCUCCGGGAAUGAAUCCGAGAGCGACUCCGAUGUAUUCGUAUCCGGAGAGUCCGGUCAACAGGAAUUCUCAUCAAUAUUGCAUGGAGUCGCCCAGCUACGCGCCAUCCGGUAAAAAUACUCCCUACUAUUCAAUGGAGAGUCCGAGUUACCAUCCUUCAAUAUCUGAAUCUCCCAGUUAUAGAAGGAAUAAUUACAACUUUGAUUCUCCCAGUUACGUUCAACAGUCUCCAAGUUACCAUUCCGGAAGAAACACUCCUCUUUACAGUUUGGAAUCUCCCAGUUACCAGUCCCAUUGUAGUUUAGAGCAAAAACGAUCGCCACAAGAUCUUCACGCCGCGGAUGGCGUGGACCAAAAAAACUGUGAUACAUUGUUUCCAAUAUCUAUGCCUAUUUUAUACGGUCCAGUGGAUCCGCCUGGAUUCAGCACACAACAAGACUCAAACAAUCCAAAGACUUUUCCACACAAUGUUACUUUUGUUCACGGAAAUUAUGUUUUAGAAUCGGACACUUUACUGUCAGCCGAAACGCCACAAUUCGAUGUUAUAUUAGCUCUUAGCAUCACAAAAUGGAUUCAUUUAAAUUGGGGAGAUGCCGGAAUAAAACAAUCAUUUAAAAGAAUGUUUGAACAAUUGAGGCCUGGCGGAAUUUUAAUUUUAGAAAUCCAAGCAUGGCCUUCGUAUAAAAAAAAGAAAAAUCUCACGAAAACCAUGUACAAUAAUUAUUGCAACAUUGAAUUCAUGCCUGAUCAAUUCGCUCAGUACCUUUUAUCACCCGAAGUCGGAUUCAUAAAGGUGGAAGUUAUAGGAACUCCUCAGCACAGAGCCAAAGGUUUUCAACGUCCCAUCCAAGUAUUCACGAAACCUGGUUUGACUCCCAGCCGAUCGAACACGCCCAUGAGCAGGUCGACACCAAGUCAAGUUCGGUAUACUCCGUACAAUCAAAGAAUGUGCGUUCGGAGGCCGGUGUACACGGCAUUGACCGUGUCGAGCCACGACAUGGACGAGGACAUAUCGCUUUCACCGAAACAAAAUGAUUUUCCCACAGCCGGUGACGUGCCUCAAAGUGUUAAAGUCAAACUAUCUCCGACGAAUAUCGAACCUUGCGGGACGAGGUGUGAUGUUUCGGAUGGAAAUUCCAGGUUGUCGUCACCCGACGCAGGUGGAGUCGAAGUCGUCGCAGAAAGUGGAAAUUAA